AUGGCUAUUAUAAAUGAUAUCGAUGUUGAUCCAACAGCAUUGAUAGUUUCAUUCAUUUUCUUUUGUAGUGGGAUAGCGCUUCUUUUAUUCCUUUGCAUCUAUCGUUUCUACUUUACUAAUUUAGAUCGAAGUGAUUAUACCUUCAUUGGAUCUGAUUUCUUAGGCUCAUCAUCAUCAAAUGAUGUUCCAUCGGAAUUUUUAAAUGAUGAAGAAAGAUUAAGACAUUUGGAAGAUACUUUUGAUUUCACUAAUUUAUCUCCUGAAGAACAACAAGGUUAUUUAAAAGGUGAAGAAUUUACUAAAAUUAAUCCUCCUAAUUUCCAAAAUAUUAGAGGUAAAUCAUUUACUUUUGAAGAUGAAAAAUUAAUUAAAGAUGUGGGUACAAAUGCAUUUUAUUUCGAACCUGAUUCAAUCAGUUUAAAUCCUCGUUAUAUCGUGGCUGAUAAAACUGAAUUAAACUUUCAUAAUAAUGAUACCCCAUAUUCAACUUCAACAGCGAUAUUAAAUUAUGCUUUACCAAGUAGAAAUCGUUUAUAUUCUGAUACCAUUUAUUUUGAAACUAAAAUCUUUGAAUUUAAUCCUCAAUAUAGUUCAAAUUCUCAUUUCUCCAUUGGUUUAGUUACAAAACCUUAUCCUUCAUCAUUUAGAUUACCAGGUUAUAAUAAAUUUUCCAUUGGUUAUGAAUCAACUGGGAAUUUAAAAAUUAAUAAACCAUUUCCAACCCCUUUACAACAACAUCUUGAUGAAAGAUCAGAAUUUAAUGCUUUGGUAUUACCACCUUUACAACAAUCAGAUGUAGUUGGUUUUGGAUAUGUUAUCCCUACCGGUACGAUUUUCAUUACUAGAAAUGGUAAAAAAGUAUUAGAUGUCAUGAGAGGAUGUUUUGUUGAUUUAUAUCCUGCUGUUGGAUGUUUUCUGACCAAUGCUAAAUUCCAAGUUAAUAUUGGGCAAUCAGGAUUUGUCUGGAUUGAAGCUAAUGUAAGAAAAUAUGGAUUUGUUUCAACCAAUGAUUAUAAAAAAUUAGGUGGUGAUCGAGGUUUAGCAGCUUUACCUCAAUAUAAUAAAGUUAUUGAAAAUAAAGAUGGUGGUGAUGAAAUCUUGGAUAAAGGAGAAGAUUUACCUCCUCGUUAUCCUGAAGAUGAAUUGGAUUUCUUUGGGAGAUCCGUUAAUGAUAUAGUUCGAAUUGGAUCAUCUUCAAAAGCAAUUGGUGAAAAAAUCACUAGUGGUGAAAAAAAUUAUAUUGAUGAUGAAGAUGAUGAUCAAGAUAAUGAAUAUUAUAGUAGUGAAGAUAAACAACCUGGAAGUUCAUCCACUAUAACUAAUGAACCAGAAGAAAUUAUGGAUUUAAGAGAAAGAAUAUAUGAACAACAAGUUACUAGUAAUAGUAUACCGACUGAAUCCACCCCUUUAAUAUCAAAAGUUGUUGAUGUCCCUCAUUCACCAGUUUAUAAUUCAAUGGUUACUGAUGAAGGAGUUAUAGAAGGUUCAUCAUCAAGAGAAGCAUCUGAAGUUAAACCUGAUGAAGAAGAAGUACAAGAGGAAGAAGAUGUUGAAGAACAUGAACAAGAUUAUGAUCCUGAACAUAUUGACCUUGGAUCUUCGAGUGCAUCUAAUUCAAGAUCUGCUACCCCAGCUUCAACCGGUCUGUCAUCAAAGGGAGGAGUAAGAUCAAAUAAACUUAAGAAAAAGAAGAAGAAGACCACGGCGGCAAGUAGUAAGAAAAAGAAAGGUAAGAAAUAA